AUGGCCAAGAGACAUUCGAGGGAUAUCGAACUCACAAUCAUCUCCGCCGAAUCCCUUUCGCUCACUGGAAACCGCCGCGUGAAAAAGAACCCGUUUGUCGUCAUCAAGAUCGAGUCCAACGCGGAUGAAGCCACCGAAAUGGACACGGGAAACGGGCCCAACCCGACAUGGAACCAGAAGUUUUUCAUGAACAUGCCCAUGAAUGCGAGGUUUUUGACGUUGGAAGUUCGUUGCAGGAAGUUUUCCGGCGAUCAUUUGAUUGGGUCAGCUUGGGUUCCGACGUCAGACUUUGACGGGGGUUAUUUUCCGAUGAAUUAUUUGCAUUUGUUGAGUUACAGAUUGAGAGAUAGAAAUGGAGAACGUAAUGGGAUAAUUAAUAUAUCAAUUAAGAUCAACAACAAUGGCCAACGGAUAUCUCAAGGGGUGGCCGUCGGUGUUCCUCUUCAUCUUAGAUAUUGAAUAUGGUAAAUU